UUUGUCAGCCCAUUCAAGGACUGCUUGGAUACUUUCGGAAAGCUACCGUCACUGCGGUUCAGUCGUCCCACAGACGGUACGGUCAAUUCGUAUAUCAAAUUCAAUUGGCCCAAGCGUGAUGAGCAGUACAGUCGCCCAUCUUCCAAAUCCGCCGCCACGCAGUACGGCGAAGAUGAUGACAUUCAAAAUGAGCAUGUCAGGCAAUUGAGUCGGUCAUCCUCAACGCUGGUUGCUACAAACUAUCCCUACACUCAAGCAUCUCCCGAAAGCACGUCAGAACAAUUGUACUCAGAACAGCGGGGGAGAUAUAGUCGGUCGCCUUCACUCCCAAGCAGCAGCACAUCAAACUUGAGUCCUUCCAGCUCGAGUCCUUAUGCCCGCUCGUGGGAUCAACAAAAGAUAUUGCGUCAAAUUGCGGGAUAUACCGUCCCUAAGGUCCCGUCGCAUUUCGGUUUCGUUUCCCAAAUGGACGACAUGGAUAGGCGCUUUUUCGACUUUUAUACCAAGAAUUGGUGUCCUGGCCGGAGUAUCCUAAAGCAGACCAACCUGUGGCUCACAGACUUUGCUUGCAUGGAGGGAAGCGAGGGCGUGCUAAGCGCGAUACAGAGUCUGGCCGGCGUAUACGUAUACGAUUACCAGCCGUUGGAGAAAGUAGGUAGGCGGAUCAAUCUUCGCUAUCGCCAGGCUGAGGCUCGCCUGAGCCAGCUUCUCGAAAGGACAGACCUCAGUGUCGACGAAGCAAGUGAGCUGAUUACCAUUCUAUGCAUCAUGUCGAUGCAUGAUAUUGUCCUCACUGAACGCCGUUGCAAGUGGCCAGAAGUCCCCAGAUGGCUGAAAGGAACCGAGCUAUGCGAGCACUUUCUUGAAUCCAUCGACGAAGGGUCACGAUUCUGGUCCAAAGACAACAUCCAACUCUCUUCCCUCCGCAACUCCCAGUCCGUCAUUGUAGGCAGAGCCCUCAUCCUCUCACAGCUCAUGACACCUCUUGCCUCACCAAACACCUUUGACCCCGUCAAGGAAGCCAACCGCUUCGGCUGGCUUCUUUACGGCAACAAUCGAGACAUGUAUGAGAUCCACGGCGGCUGCGGCUUCUCCAAGAAACUGCUCCACUGCAUGAGCCAGAUUACAUUCUGCUCGGCGCGACUGAACCAAUGCCCUGAAUCCCCCGUUGUCCCCAUUACCAUUCGGUAUAUACUCUCUGAGUUGUUGGAUAUGAGGCAGUGGAGUAACACACCCUAUUCAAACCCUUUCGAGGUUGCCCAGGUCCAAUCUCAGGCGAUUGAAUGGGUCCGCGCCGCUCCAGAAAAGUACAUGGUCAGCAACACCACUGAGAUGACCGAGGUCACCGCAGAAGCCUGGAGAAUUACAGCCGUCAUUUACUUACAAUGUCGCGCCUUAAGACUACCUCGAGACCAUCCAGACGUGGUUGCAAAUCUGAGUUAUCUCGCCAAAUGCAUAAGCAUUAUGCCAACCUCUGGCUAUCAAUUCACCGCCCAGGCACCUCUCUUCCCAGUCUUUCUCCUGGGUAUGCUUGCCACUGUCGGUGAACAUGCCGGCGUUGCCCAAAAGUGGUUUGACAGCGUCACCAGCGCCCCAGUAAGAAGCAGCGUACCUCCACUAUAUGAAACGUUACAACGCAUAUGGACGUGGAUUGAUGAUGAGCCGAGCAUUGUCGUUGAUCUUGAAUCGCUUGAUGACGAUAUCGCCAACAGAUAUCCAUGGUGGGAACACCUAAUUCAACGCGUGCAAGAGAAGGAACAAGAGAUUCUAUGCCUAACUUGA